AAAUGGGACUCCUGUCAUUCAGCAGCUGUGUGUGAUUACGUUAUACAUAUAAGUGCGGGGUUAGAGAGAGAGGGAGAAAAUAGUGGGUGUGUCUAGCUUCACGUAUAUACUAUAAGAAGUAUUGAGCGAAAGAAAGCUCAGAGAUUAAUUAAUAGAGAGAUGGAAAGGAAGACAUUUGCACUUCUCAUGUUGCUGCUCAUUGUCUUGGCUUCUCAGGAUAAAGUGGUGAUGAAAGUAGAGGGAAGAGUAUGCGAGUCACAGAGCCAUGGGUUCAAGGGUCCAUGCAGCCGUAAUCACAAUUGUGCUCUGGUCUGCAGGAAUGAGGGUUUCUCCGGUGGCAGAUGCCGUGGUUUCCGCCGUCGUUGCUUUUGCACUAAGCUCUGUACUACUACCACUAAUUGAAUGUGAUUGUUUGAGUGCAAGGGGACACAUCCAUGCCCACCACCACCACCAGUACUCCUACUCCUCCUCCUCCUCCUCCUCCUCCUCAAUCAUCUCCAUCGAUUGACAUCUAUAGCUUAAUUACUUGUUCUACUAGUAUUACUGCUACCUAGUGUUAAGUCCCUGAGAAUUAUGAGUAUGUCGUGGAGUCUCUAAUAAGAUUGUAGUUCUGUAGUAGUUUGGUAUGAAUAAAUAAAUUCUCUACCAUACCUGCACAACACACGUACAGGGUAAGGCGGGGGGCGGGGUAGAUCAUAUCAGAUCAAAGUAUGAAAGUACGUUCUUUUAUUUUAUAACUGCAUCGUCGUUGUUGGUUGAUA